UCCAUUCGUCCACCCAAUACCCAUAUAAGCCAAGCCAAUCCAACGUCAAACCUCCCUUGCCCGCGACGUUGUGAAAGUUGUGUUUUGGUGCCAUUUCCAGCUGGAAUAAUUUCACGUCGUUUGUGAUAUUGCCAGCAAUGUCGCACAUCUUGGUAAAGUGGCCGCGUCUUGCACAGUGGGAUGUCUAUCCCAUUAGAGCCAUUGUGGACGCCGAUUUAGGCAGGCAGCUUUCCGUGUAUCCGUCCCACGUGGAUACCAUUAAACACGAGAAAGUCUCUGUCAAGUGGAAAGAAAGCGCUCCACCUUCUCGCGGUUACGUUUUGGCUGUCGGUUCGGAAACAGCGAUGGAGAGGAAACGGGACCAAGAUUGUUAAGCAAUAUUUGCAUUCUGAUGAUGUCGAAGCGCCAGGAGCCAAUGUUGAAAACGAACCAUGCUGCGCACAUCUUGCAGAGCUUGAUUCGCUUCGCUCACAGUUUGAUGCCUUAAAAGAAGAAAACAAGGCACUAAAAGAACGGCUGGAAAAGGCAGAAGGGGCAGCUGAUUCUGCGAGGAUGCUGAAAAGAUUGAAAAAGAUGAUUGACUCUAGCCAGUCUUCUUCACCAGUGGUUGCUGAGCCACAGGUGGAUAUCGGUGGUGGUGUCCUUGUGGGAAGCCACCACCUCACCUACCUGAAUAGCCGCUGCACAGGACAACCCACCAAAUUUGCCAGAGCCCUUCUGCGUGUCCUCUUCACUGGGGACGAGCUAAAGGGAAGGUCCCUGUUUGGGGUUGCAUGCAAUGCACACAAAGACAAGGCAGUGAAGGAGGCACUGGAUAGCACUAGAGUGAACGCCCUGAUUUCCUACACGGUAUCCAGCUUCGGGCUACUGGACGACACUAAAGUCAAGAACAGCUUAUCAAGCCUUCUUGUAAGGGAGGGAAAAUAAAGUCUUAAUCUGUA